AUGCGCUAUAACGAGAAGGAGCUGCAGGCGCUGUCCCGGCAGCCGGCCGAGAUGGCAGCCGAGUUGGGCAUGCGGGGACCCAAGAAAGGCAGCGUGGUGAAGCGGCGGCUGGUGAAGCUGGUGGUCAAUUUCCUCUUCUACUUCCGGACGGACGAAGCGGAGCCCAUUGGAGCCCUGCUGCUGGAGCACUGCAGAGUCGCUCAGGAAGAGCCCAGCGGCUUCUCCAUCAGCUUCCUGGAGGACCCAGAGAGGAAGUACCACUUCGAGUGCUGCAGUGAAGAGCAGUGUCAGGAGUGGAUGGCUGCACUGCGUCGAGCCAGUUAUGAAUUCAUGCGGAGGAGCCUCAUUUUCUACAGAAACGAGAUCCAGAAGAUGACUGGCAAGGACCCCCUGGAACAGUUUGGCAUAUCAGAGGAGGCCAGGUUCCAGCUGAGCAGCCUGAAGGCAUGA